AGCAAUUGCAAACACAUACACACACAAGCAAAGAAAAGAAAGACAGGAAAAGCCCCCCGUUCUACCCAUAGUCACCGUCAACACCCAGGCCAGGAUAUACUGUUAGCCCUUUUUGAUUCACCCAUACGUCUCCCCAAAGCAUUCUCCUCUGAAGGGAACUGCUAAAGCACUUCAAGCAAAGAAAAUUAUCAGCAAAAGCUAUGAAGCAAAUGCAUCCAAUUUAUUAGGCGCGUCAACCUGAUCCCAUCCCUGAUGGAGACGGUCGUUUCUCUAUUUGCUUUGCCCUCAUUUGUCACCCAGCCUACUCAUCCUCGGGUUCCCCCAGUCGGCAGGUCAAUUCUCCUGGCCCCAUUUCGUAGCCAAGGCAACUGAAUACAAGGUUUAUUCACACCAUUCUGAUUUCUUCCCAGCUCCGAAGGUUGGGGGCUUGAAGCCUUCCUGGUGAAAAGCUGGAGGCUGUCUAGGGGUCCAUUUGGGCCUGCAGAGCAAAGGGGAGCAUCAGAGUUAGCCCAGAAACACUCACCCAACUUGAAAGGCAGAGGGUGAGACACAAUGACCUCAGGAAGACCCGGUAGGUCUCUUUGAGGGGUCUGUGCCUCUGACUUGCUGCUCUCCAUGGAAAAAAAGCCGGGUGGGUGGGGGGUGGCAGGCCUGUUUGCACUCAGUGGCACUUAGUGCAGCCAAGCUGAGCCGCACUGUUCAAACAGACUCCCCAGCCUCCAGACACCUGUGCCGAGGAGGGCGAGGCAGGCAGGAGGCUGGGCGCAGGUCCCUGGGCGCUGACUCCUCACCUUCUUCCCGCCUCUCCUCCCAUAGCCAGCCCCACAGCCCUGGCAGAGUCCUGGCUACACCAUGCCCCGCGCUAGGCUCUUCAGCUGCUGGGGUAGCAGGCUCCUGCCCCUGCUGCUGGCCUAUAUCUGCUACCUGCUGCUCGGCGCCACCAUCUUCCAGGCGCUGGAGAAGCAGGCAGAGACUCAGUCCAGGGACCAGUUACAGUUCGAGAAGCUGCGCUUCCUGGAGAACUACACCUGUCUGGACCAGCGGGCCCUGGAGCAGUUUGUGCAGGUCAUCAUGGAAGCCUGGGUGAAGGGCGUGAACCCCAAAGGCAACUCCACCAACCCCAGCAACUGGGACUUCAGCAGCAGCUUAUUCUUUGCCGGCACGGUUGUCACCACCAUAGGAUACGGGAACCUGGCGCCCAGCACGGAGGCAGGCCAGGUCUUCUGUGUCUUCUACGCCCUGGUGGGUAUCCCACUCAAUGUGGUCUUCCUCAACCACCUGGGCAGAGGACUGCGUGCCCACCUGGCCACCCUCGAGGGGUGGGAGGACCAGUCCAAGCGCUCCCAGAUACUGCAGAUCCUGGCCCUGACUCUGUUCCUGAUCCUGGGGUCGGUGCUCAUCCUCAUCUUCCCGCCCAUCGUCUUCAGCCACGUGGAGGGCUGGAGCUUCAGCGAGGGCUUCUACUUUGCCUUCAUCACUCUCAGCACCAUCGGCUUUGGAGACUAUGUCGUCGGCACAGACCCCAACAAGCAUUACAUCUCAGUGUACCGGAGCCUGGCGGUCAUCUGGAUCCUCCUGGGCCUGGCGUGGCUGGCACUGGUCCUCCCACUGGGCCCCCUCCUUCUGCACAGGUGCUCCCAGCUCUGGCUGCCCAGCAGGAGCUUCAGCAUCAAGGAAAGGGGAGCCCCGGAGGCUGAUGGGCUCCCCAGACCUCAGAAGAUCCCCGUCUCUGCAUGAGGCCCCCAAGUGGUCCCAGGAGCCCCUCCCAGCUCCCAUCUGCCUUCUGGAUUUCCUAUACCACCUACUCCUCUCCCAACCCUCUCACCCCCAAGCUAGGGCUGGUCUCAGGAGUUCUCUGGAGAAAUAAAAGAGACAGGAGUGUCCAAGAAAGUAACAGGAAGGAGAUGUAGAGACAGGAUCAAAGACAGACAUGUGCCAUCGUCCCCGCACCCCAGCCCUUUUUCCCUCAAAAGUGAUCUGGAAAAGUGGAAUCCAGAUAUGUAUCAUUGUGGUCCAAUCUCCACUGCCAUCCACACACCUCCCUCCCAGGAGACCUGAUAGAGGACAACAGAUGAAGAGAGACUUUAUUUUUGCCUUAUUUGCUAUGUGCACAGCAUGCAUUUCUUAGGCCCCCACUGUGUGUCAAGCACUGUGCCAGGCUCUGGGGUACGACAGUGAAAGUGACUGCCCUCCACGUAUGUUUAGUCAAACGGAAGGAGUAACAAAGCAGAGAGGACACCCCAACCCAGUGCCCAAAACACUAUGCCAGGGGCAGACUGGGGCGUGCCUGAGAGCCCUGGGAGUGGCUGGCAGGGAGGGUUAAGAAGAGGGGAGAGCCGGGCAGGAACUUGGAGCAACUUCCUGCAAAUAGGAUACCUGCCCUAAGAUGCUCACAGCCUGAGGGGUAGGCAGGCUGCCUCGCAAAGCCUAGGGGUUCCCCUGCCUAGAGGCCCAGGGCUACCUGUGAACAAGGCUUAGGCGCUCUUGGGUGUCCCACCCACUCUCCCGGGCAUGGCCUCCCCUGACCGCCUCAGCGCACCCCUUGACCUCAUCACCCGCCCUGGACUCCUGUCUCCUUAAGAGUCUUUCCAGACACCCCCUGGGAAAACAGAGAGCCAGAAGAUCACAGGAGACUUCUAGGAAAUGAGCUUAACGGAGGCUCCGCCUCCCCGGGGAAUGCGCUCUGCAGCCCUGGCCUUUCCCCUGCCAGACUGCAACAUCUCUGGCCAGAAGGCGAGGAGAGAGAUAGACCAGUCCAUCCCAAGGCCCAACCUCACCAAGAACUGCAAAUCUCAGCCCCUACCUCUCCCAGCAAGGCAGGCCCAUAAAUGGCCAGAGACCUCCAGAUAGGACUGAGGCAAGGCUGUGAAGCAGAGAAGGCUCCAGGAAAAACCUACAGCCCAAGCGGGAUCCAGGUUACACCCCAGGACUUCCUGAUACGGGGGAGAGGCCUGGGAAACUGAGCACCCCAUGGACUCCUUACAUCCCCUGGACCCUUCCUCCAAUCUGGGGGAAGGAGUGAGUCAGAGGGCCUCUUCAGAAGCAGACAAUGGACAAGCCCUCUGGUCAAGGUUCCUGUGCCAACCAGGCUCACGGACAAGUGGUGAUGAGCUGGGGUCCCUCCUCUUUGGGUACCCAAAGGAAAGGGUGGUGCGAGAGACCCAGGGAGGACUUGACAGGUAACAAGUCCUUGGCAAUAGUCCCAAGGUCCAAGGACUUAGGCCAGGACCCUAAGACAAUAAA